UUUCAACACUUAAGACUAUUAAACAGCUUCUCCUGGCCCUGGACCAUCUGAAACUCGACAGAUAUGAAGCUAAAGAGUGUGAUUUCCAAUGAGAAAAUAAGAUUGAAACAGAUGGGCAUUUCAGUAAUUUCAACAACCAGAACAGAGUCGGUUUUUGGUGAUACAAUCACCCACUCCUGCUGACUCUCUAUAUAAAGUCAAUUUUAAUUUAACACGUUCUACAGAAUUCUCCUUGCUUCAUCAAUGGAGGGUGAAAACAGGAAGAGAAAGAAACAACAAGAAGAAGAUGAAGAAGAAAAAAUGGAGAAAUUCUUUGCUUUGAUCAGAAGCUCAAGAGAAAGGCUCCAUUUUUUAAGAAGAGGAACCCAAGAGAUCACUAAGGAAAAAUUAGAGGACAAGAAAAUUGAAGCACCUUGGAAUCCUUCAUUUCAACCAGAGGAUUUUAAUCAUCUUAAAAAUGGUGAUCAUGAUCAUGCAGGUCCUUCUAAAACAGCAGCACCUGCAGAACAAGAACAAGAACAAGAAGAAGAUAAACAGAAGAAACAAGAGGAAGGAGGAAACAUUAAUGAUUUAGACUUAAAUCUAUCUUUGUAGGAUCUUAUUUAUUAUUCAUCAAUGGAUUCACUAAUUAUAUUUA